AUGAUUACAGGCAAGGACGAGUGCAUAAGAAAUAGACUACCAAAGCCUGAUCUGGAUUUGUCCAAGGCGCUUUUCACAUUGGAUAAUGGCCAAAAUGAUGUCACUUUUGGUAUCCGAACUUUAAGUUAUCAACUCCAAAAGAAAGUCAUACCCAGAAUCGUUGCUCUUUUUAUCUCACAAAUUGGAGUUUUAUAUGAAAGAGGAGGAAGAACAUUUUGGAAACACAACACGGGCCCAAUUGGGUGUUUGCCUGUGGCAAUUGCAAAGGUACAGAAGCCUGCGCCGCCAGUGUACCUUGAUGAGUUUGGCUGUGUGAAGACCCAAAAUGACGUAUCUUUGCUAUUCAAUAAAGUAUCAAAGGAUGAAAUUGUAAGGCUCAGGGCAAAUCUUUCCACUGCAUCCAUAGUCUAUAUUGAUGUCUAUGCUGCCACUUAUGAACCAAUCACCACAGCCAAGAAAUCAAGCUCACUUGUUGGGCAUUUUGCAGGAUUUGAAGACCCUUUCACCACAUGCUGCGGCUAUCAUGGGAUUGACUAUGAUGUUUAUUGUGGAAACACAGAAAAUGUAAAUGGUACUCAUGCAUUUGCAGCUUCUUGUCUUAAUCCUUCUAAAGUUAUCAGCUGGGAUGGGGUGCACUAUAGUGAAGCUGCGAAAUAA